CAGAGCUAGAAUUACAGGGCUUGCUUAGAAACUGGAACCUACACACGUACAGAGUCAACGCAUUUUAUAAUGUGGAAGGACUUUCUUCAUACACUACCGACUGGCACUCGUUUGAUCUGCUCUGGCUAACUUCAAGUUCCAACCAUCCUGCUUCAGUUUCCUGUGUGCUGGGAUUGCAGGCUGCAUUUUGUAUUGUUAUCUAAGAAGCAAAACCUGGCUCACAGAGUCAGUGACCGCCUAGUCAAUUAUCAAGGUGAAUCAUCUGAGGGCACAGGAUGGCUCCGAGCCACUGAUUGUACAGAUAAAAGGCUGAUUCUCCACCCUCUCCUAUUUGAGGAGGCUUUCUGUGCCUCUCAGUGUGGCCUGGUCUCUCCUCUGGAUGCAGCAUAGGUGAAAGUUGAGCUCGUCUCUCCAGAACACGCCUGAGAUUCACCAUCAAGGUUGUGAAUUAAACCUUGGUCUUAGCAUGACUGCCAGGGAUUCAGGGGACUUCUAGGUGCAGGAUUGUGAGUGACAACCAUAGUCAAUGGGUUAAAAAGAAAUCUGGUCACUUGUUGCACAGAAGACUUAUUGGAGAUUUUUGUGCCCAGAGGGGAAUUGAAUUCAACACAGUCACAGAAGAUCUCUGAGAAGAGCAGUCCCUAACCAACUCGCAGGAUGGAGACAGCAGUCUAUGCUAAGAGUACCAGGAAUGAGAAGGUUUUGAACUGUCUGUAUCAAAAACCUGAUGCAGUUUUCAAGCUGAUUUGCUUUCCCUGGGCAGGAGGCGGCUCCAUUCAUUUUGCCAAAUGGGGCCAAAAGAUUAAUGGCUUACUGGAAGUGCAUGCUGUAAGACUGGCUGGAAGAGAAACCCGACUUGAAGAACCUUUCUCAGAUGACAUCUACCAGAUAGCUGAGGAAAUUGUGACCGCUCUGUUGCCCAUCAUCCGUGAUAAGGCUUUUGCAUUUUUUGGCCACAGCUUGGGAUCCUACAUUGCUUUUGUUACUGCACUGCACUUAAAGGAGAAAUACAAAAUGGAACCCCUGCAUAUCUUUCUGUCCAGUGCACCUGCCCCUCAGUCUCGGCCUCAAGUUCCUGAUCUUAACAAAUUGUCAGAAGAACAAGUCAGAGAUCACCUUCUGAUUUUUGGAGGCACUCCCAAGCAUCUCAUUGAAGACCAGGAUUUUCUGAAGCAAUAUAUUCCUUUGCUGAAGGCAGAUGCUCACAUUGUAAAAAAAUUCAUCUUUAACAAACCCUCCAAAGCACUUCUUUCUCGGGACAUAACGUGCUUUAUUGGAUCUGAAGAUACAAUAAAGGAUAUAGAAGACAAUGUUGUGUACUUCUCAGGCUGGAAAGACAUAACCAGUGGGAAGUUUGAUGUCCACAAGCUGCCAGGCGACCACUUUUAUCUGAUGGAACCGGACAACGAGAACUUUAUCAAGAACUACAUCGCCAAGUGUUUGGAACUCUCCUCACUUGACUGCUUCUAGAUGAGCUUUCUUUGGAGUUGCCAAUAUGCAAACUGAUCCCAAGCUGUUCCUCCAGGUCCAGCUUUUAGUUCUUAGGAGGUUGGAAAAUACAUAUAAAUGAAUUUCUUCAUGGAACAUUUAUCUCUCUGGGGAAAGGACAUGGGCUGAAGUGGAGCAGAAGCACUCUUGGGAGUUGACAGCUGCAGAGGGAAGAGGGGGCAGCUUUUCUUUGGGGGAUGUUGGCACCAGUAGGUUACCAUGCUCCAGUAAAUGACACCACACCCUUGUAGCACAAGCAGGCAGCUCUAAUGGGACUCAGUGGGAAACCAGGAGGCGUGCACAUUGGGGACGUCCAUCACAGGGGUUGGAAAGGCAAGAGAGAAGCAGAUACCAUCAAAACCUACUGUUUACACUUAUGAAAUUUUCAAAGAAUAAAUAAAAAUAUUGCUAAAGGAA